AUGAAUGCAAGCAGCUUCGCUGGAUACUGGGACAGUUCUGCCAUGCUCUCUAGCAAUAACAUUCUCGAUUACGAAUACACCACAGUCGAUUCGACGCCCUGGCUACGAGAACAUAUUGGCCCAUCCAUAUUCACGUCAACCUUUACACCGCUGGACGUUCAGACCACAUCAUUGCUAGACAACAAUGUCUUUCCAUUAGACCCAGCAUUCAAUUUCGUGGUGUCUGACAGCACAAACAACUUCAACAGCCAUACAUGUGGAUCACUGGCUGAACACCCCGAAACACCUCGAACAGGUGCAUCUGACGUUCACAAUUUAAUCUCUCCUCUCCUUCACGACCCAAACGUCGCGGCCGUCCACGUAUCUACCCCAGAGCCGAUGAUAAACAAUACCUACCGAGUCCCGUAUAUCCGUCGUCAUCAAAUCGUGCACGUGCCUCCACGCGCGAGCAAAACCGCCUUGCAGCUCAGCGAUUCCGCGCCAGACACGAUGGUUACGCCGCGGGGCUGA